AUGUGUGAUAACUUAUACGUUGAUGACUGCGAAUUUUUGUGGGAAGAGUACAGAACUUCUUAUGAUAUGAGCAUGUAUUUACAAGAAAACCUUCAUCUUAAUUACAGUUGCUGCCUAGGUUUUCUCGCUUUGGAGUAUAGUGAUAGUGGUAAACUUGAAAGUUUCAGUAGAGAGAUAAAUCAAAGAAUACUGGUGCCAUACGUGAAGACUUUUCCCACACAACCAGGACAGCUAACAAUUUUGUACGAUUUGUACAAUUUUAUAGAAAACAUGAGCGUUACUGAUAUGGGUUGUGGCUAUCGCGAAAUAACCAACGAUGUCGAAGUCGCAUGCAUGUUCCUUGGAUCAGAACUAUACUAA